AUGGCGAUGGACUUCUUGCGGCUACUACCGAUAGGUGAUGCAAGCAGCUCCUCAGCACAGGCCGGCUCGCGGGACAUGGCGCUUGCCAGUGGGAGCUCUGCACUCCAAGAUGAGGAUUCUACAAUCGACGACCUGAUGCGGCUCAUCGAAGAUGGUCCGGGAGUCGACUCUUGCAGGGACCAAGACGUCGACGAGCUGCUCAAGUCCUUGCAGCCCAAAGAAGGUUGGAAGAAUUGUCGUGCCCACGCCUGCAAGAAGUCCAUGUCCAUGUCUCAUAUGGUCUCCGAAACGUACCAUUGCAAGCAGUUGCACGCCCUGAACCAGUCGCUGGAAAUGGAGAACGCUUCCAUGCGUCUUAAGUUGUCCGAUGUCGAGCAGACACUACUCCCUCCGCGGCGGGAUUUCGAGGUGUUCACCUGCGCCGUGUCAACACCUGAAGUUGCAGAGGUCGUCCAGCCAAAAGCUCCGAAAGACGUCUUCUUGCGUCCCGAAAGCGAUGACGAGGUGCAGCUGCCGGCGCCUAAAAGAACCAAGCAGGCAAACAGCUCGGAACUGUGGAUGGAGACGGGCGGGCCGUGGGACGCGGUGGCAAUGAGUGAUGUGGCGAAGCCCACCGACCUAGUAGGCUCCGUGCAGCAGUGGAAACAGGUGCUGGAGGACAGGUCGGGCUCUGUGACAGCACUCCGCCAUGCCCUGGACGAGCUUCGCAAGCUCGGAGCACUGCCUACGAAGAUCCUGCAAGAGACUAAGGUUGGUGUCGUGGUGAAUCAACUGGGCAAGGAUGCCGGCACCCACGAAGAGGUCCGAAAUGCGGCGCGGGCUCUGCUGGCGGACUGGAAGGAGAUGCAUCGCAAGCGCACGAGGGAACCACAGGAACCUGUUUCAGCCGCCGCAAAGAAGCCGAAGCAGGCCACGGAAGGGGCCGAAGCAGUCCAUGUCGAUUCUUCAGCUGCGGUCGGCGCGGCUGGCGUGGUUGGGAAGCUGGGGCAACAAAGGCAGAAAGUCUUGCAGAUGCUGGAGGUGGCCCUGACCUUGGGGAAUGCUCCCAAGGAUGCCCCAAGGGAUGCUCCGAAGGAUGCCGCGCAUGCCUUGGCAGAGGCCGUCGAGGAAGCGCUGCAUGCCCAGCUGGGCUCCGACAAGGCCUACAUCAACCAGUCACGGGCCAUCUUGUUUAACCUCAAGGACGCCAGCAACGGCUCCUUUCGGCAGAAGCUGCUCGAUGGAAGCCUGGAACCCCACCGACUGCCGCGCAUGAGCAGCGAAGAGAUGGCCAGUGACCUGAGGGUGGCUUCGAGAGCCGAGCUGCGCCAGCAAGCUUUGCAGGAGUCGGCGGUCAAGGCGCCCGCGGAGCGUGUGACCGAUGCGUACACCUGCGAACGAUGCAAAGGAAAGCAGUGCACCUAUGUCAUCGUGACGCCAACUUCCUGCGUGAACGGGGAGCACAGUUGGACCUCGAUUUCAUCCGGGAAGAAGCGUGCGGGGCCGUCCGUGGACCGCAAGACGUCGCAGCUCUUCUGCGAGUUCAAGGCCAGAUCAGUGAAGCCGGCGGAUCCCAACCACCAUCUCACUUCUGCGAAGACAGAGAAAGGCCUGGCCUGCUUCCCUCAUCAGUGUCACCCAUGGAGCCGGCGGCUCCGCAUCCGUGGCAGCCCGGGUGGAGACAGCCUCCGGGCCAUCGGUGUGGCGCCCUCCCGCAUGACGUCCUUCCAGACUUUCCGAGACAUCGAUGAUGACGAUCCGGAGCACAGUAUGGAUCCGGAGUACGUAGAUGCGAAGAGCAUGCGCUUCGACACACUGGUUUCGCAUCGUCUACAACUGAUCACCGACACCAGGCUCGCAGACGACAACUUCUUCCACAAGGGCGAGUGGUAUCAGACUCUCUCACUCUGCGGAUCACUGGAAGAAAACGCUGCGGAGAGGCUCUCCGAGGUCAUCGUCAACAGUGUGAUCUUCAAAACCGUGAGCACCCUCGCCAUUGCGGCAAACGCGCUUUACAUUGGCAUCCGCACAGACCAGCAACUUAAAGACAGCUAUCUCAGAAUCAACGGAGGGCAGACGACUCCGAUAUCCAACGCCUUUGAGUAUGCUUUCUUCGUCUGGUUCAGCGGUGAACUGCUCCUGUAUCUGGUUGCCUAUCGCACGAGCUUCUUCAUAGGCAGAAAUUGGCACUGGAACUUGUUCGACCUCUUCUUAAUAGCCAAUGCAGCGCUCGAGCUUCUGAUUCCUGACUUGUUCGCGAACAUGUCCUUCCUCAGAAUUUGCCGCGUUUUUCGACUUGUUCGAGUCGUGCGUCUUGUUCGCACUGUCAAGUGGCUCCGAUCGUUGAGGACGAUGUUGUUUGCCAUGAUCAGCUCACUGGGAUCCCUGAUAUGGGCGUUCGUGAUGAUUUGCUUCAUUAUGUUCGUGUUUAGCAUCAUCUUUGGCAACGCUGCUGUGGCCUACUUUGAGAAUGUGAGCUCAACUGAUCAAACCGACCUGGACAAUGCCGAGGCGGUGUAUGACACCUUUGGAAGCAUCUACGAAUCCUUCGUAACAUUGUUCGGUGCCAUAUUCGGAGGGACGGACUGGAUGAUGUUUCAGCCCAUCUUACGUUUGCUAGGCUCUGAUGGUUAUGGUGAGCUGUACUUCUGCAUGUUCCUUUUUUACAUCGGCUUUUGCUUGGUUGGACUUCUGAACGUGGUCACGGGUAUCUUCGUUGACAGUGCUGUCACAACCCGAACGGAAGACGAGGUGGUGGACUCGUACCGCGAAGAUUUGCAAAGAACGUCAGACGAAGUCAAGCGUAUCUUUCAUUCGGCGGACAUCGGGGACUCUGGCCGGUUGACUUUAGAGGCGUUUUCCCAGUGUUUGAAGCAGAACGCUUGGGUUGCAGCCUAUUUUGCUGGCCUGGAUAUUGGAGCAGAUGAUGCAGGUACAAUCUUCACCUUGAUGGACACGAAUAACAGUGGCGACAUCACAGUAGAGGAGUUUGUGCAAGGCACCAUGAAGCUCAAAGGGCAUGCGAAGAGCAUUGAUAUCUUCGCUAUCAUGUUCGACAUGACCCGCCUCGGGUUGCAAGUCCAGAAGCUCUGCUCUCUCGUGGAGGAUCAGUUUCGCGACGUAAAGCGCCACUUGCCCGACAAAGACUGGGGUCCUCCUGGUCUUGCGAAGUGGGGUCUACAUUGA